GCACAAUGUGAUUAUUCGGGGUUUCGUUCAAAAUGAUUAUCGCUCGUGUUCGCGUUCAGUCCAAACGGUUUAACCACUUCAUUCUGCGACUGGCAAAAGAUGGAAACCACGUCCUCAAGUGACAUCUUUCUCAUGGAUAUGGAUGAAGUGUCCGUGUUGGAAUUCCUCGCUGACAUUGAAAUGCCGAAUGACGACGUCAUCGGCACCACAGAGUCGUCACCGAAGGGAGUUGUUGAGGCCGACACGCCCUCCAAACCAGAGAAGAAAUCGUGGAGACAGCGACGUAAAGAGGAACUUUUGGCACUACGGAGGAUCGCCAAGGAGCUCUCGAUUCAGCAUCAGCAAGUCAAAUUAGCGGCAGGUGUUCGCUCGACACUUCCAGGAGCAGACACAUUUAUUGGAGCUACUGCUCCACUAUCAUCGCGCAAAAUGGAAUCUUCGCAGAUGUGGGAGAAAACUGCAAUUCGACAGUCGGUACUGCGACAGAGUAGUGAGGAGGAGAAUGUGAAGCUUCGUGAAGCUGUGGCGCACAAUUUACAGCUUGCCAGGAGCUUGCAACGUGCGAUUAAGAGAAAACUUCGGGAGGAUAUGGUAGCAUCGUCGAUAGAUCUCAAAAGGGAGCAUCGUUUGACCUCUCGAGGCAUCGCACCACCGCGGAAUAACUCGGCUGUGUUUGGUGAGCUUCUAGCUGGAAUGGACCGCAUAUAUGCAGACAUGGAUAUAUUCCUUAAACGUGUUGGAAUGCAUGAAGUCGCCUGUCCUGGGCGGAGGAAUAACACAAUAACACGCAGAGCUGAAGGCCUUUUCGUCGAAUUUCUCGACAAAUAUGCAGUGCCAUUCGCCCUCCGCCAGACGGAGAAGGCUAUCUGGACAGCAACAGAUAGAUCGGAAGAUGCGACAGUCUUGUUCGUGCAGAACUUCACUCCUGACAAUAAUACUCGAAUGCGGAGUGUGUGCUGUGCUUAUUCGCUCGGUGGCUUUGACUUUCGUAUCGUAAUGCGUGAUGUCUUCCGCAAGUACGUUGAGCAAGACCGAGUCGUAUUCAUUCGACGCACCCUGAUUGAGCCUGUUCACGGGCUGGCAUCGGUAACAUUCAUCGAGACAAAUCGCUUGGUCAUACAGCGAGGUAAAGUAUCGACUUUAGGACCAACUACGAUGAUGCAAACUCAUCGCGAAGCCAAAAUCCGAGAAGACAUUUCAUCCGUCGAUUUGUCGGGAUAUCCAAGUCUUGAUGUGGGUGUUGAAACGUGGGAGAGUAAGAUCACCUGUUUCAACAACAGCGUGGAAGAUCGACUAGUUCGAGGAAUUACUGGGUAGAGAGUACAAGUAGCGUAGUGUCAUCACUCGAUAUCUAUGGGAAUAUGAGGAGGACUCGCUAUCAAAUUCCAUAUCUUUUAACCCUUAUCUGCGCUGUAGUAAGCUCAAGCACUUUAAGAUCCACGUAGAGAGGUAAGAUAAGAAGCAAAUUAGUCUGAAGUCUGAAUUCCGCUAUGCCUCGUGAAUAUUCACUCGACAG